AUUAUACAUGAUUGUUGUUGGGAGCACUGUAGGCGCUGUGUAACUCUUUCGUGUGGCUGCGGGUGAGCUGAGAGGGCCGGUUGGUGCGGUGAGUUCUUGAUGUCGGUGCGGAGAGUACGCUAGCUCUAAAGCUAAUGUUUCUGAGCUAAAGCGCACCGGCGAAUUUUAAAUCUCGUGCCCCUCCUAUUCUGGUGUCCAGCAGCUUCCCCGCGCACACGUUCACAACACCGCACUCAUGUAACCGCCGCCUUUUAACUGUACAUUUGCAUGUGUAGGUGUUGUGUGUCGCUCGGUUUGCGGCAGCGCAGUCGUCUCGUGUUCAGCCGGGCUGUUCCACACGACCAAGGCGGCAUAAUGCCGGACUGAACACUGAACACUGAGCCGGAGUAACAGGCCACCAGAUGGCGUACUGUGUGUGACCUCCUGUUUAGUACAGCAGUACCGAGUUUAAACUGUGUACUACAUAGUACAGUAAUAUGCGCCUGGGAUUGUGUAAUAGUCACACUUUUGUGUUUCGCCGUUACCAUGGCGUUCACAACACAAUGAAAACCCGAGCAGAUAUGCGUGCGGACAGAAUGAACGAUGACUAUAGUUGACAAAGCUUCAGAGAAAUCUGACUUUGAGUCAGCGCAGUGCAAGCACUCCAGCUCCCUGACUCCUGUCUCCUCUGGAGGCGUGGACGACGGCAGCUCCAGCUGGAGUGUCGACUCUUCUACAGCUGAGCUUUCCAGGGCCAUGGCUACCUGUGUAGCUCCAAGCCUCGAAGUUGCUGUGUACGGAAGCACCACAGCACUUCCUGCUGAGAGGUCAAAUGAGCAAGUGGCCAUGAGUUGUGGCGAUGGCAUCACUCUGCCCCAGAAGAUCCUGUUUCCAUCAGAGCGUCUCAGCUUGAAAUGGACCCAAGUCCAUCGUAUUGGAGCAGGUCUCCAGAACCUGGGCAACACAUGUUUUCUGAAUUCAGCUCUUCAGUGUCUUUCAUACACUGCACCUCUUGCCAACUAUUUGCUGUCCAGAGAGCAUUCCAAAACAUGUCAUGAGCCCGGAUUUUGCAUGCUGUGUACCAUGCAGAAUCACAUCAUCCAGGUGUUUGCUAAUUCGGGGAACGCCAUUAAGCCCCUUGGCGUGUUGCAUGAACUAAAACGGAUUGCAAAGCAUUUCCGGUGUGGGAAUCAAGAGGAUGCCCAUGAGUUCUUGCGGUACACAGUGGAUGCUAUGCAAAAGUCCUGCCUGCCUACCAAUAAAUUGGACAGGCAAACGCAGGCUACUACUCUGAUCCAUCAGAUAUUUGGAGGAUAUUUGAGGUCCAGAGUGAAGUGUAUGAACUGCAAAGCUGUUUCAGACACAUUUGAUCCUUAUUUGGAUAUUGCACUGGAUAUCAAGAAUGCCCCAACUAUUACCAAGGCUCUUGAGCAGUUUGUUAAGGCCGAACAGUUGGAUUGGGAGAAUGCCUACAAGUGCAGCACUUGUAAGGAAAUGGUUCAAGCCUCAAAAAGAUUAAGCAUUCACCGCAACUCCAAUGUGCUCACCAUCUCUCUGAAGCGCUUUGCCAACUUCAAUGGAGGCAAAAUCUCCAAGGAUGUGAGAUACUCUGAGUAUCUUGACUUGCGGCCCUACAUGUCUCAGUCUCAUGGAGAGCCGCAGAUUUACGGGCUGUAUGCUGUGCUGGUGCACUCAGGCUUCAGCUGCUAUGCCGGACACUACUACUGCUACGUAAAGGCAAGUAAUGGCCAGUGGUAUCAGAUGAAUGAUUCAUCAGUGACUCCCACUGAUUUACGAUCUGUGCUGAACCAACAAGCAUACCUGCUGUUCUACAUCAAGCAAGGGUCUACAGAUCUGAAAAAUGGAGAUUUGAACCAGAUGGGUUUUACUCCAGGCCACUCCUCCCCCCGACCAGUUGUAACACCCAAGCUAAAUGGGCAUUCUUAUACCUCCUCAUCCAUAAUUGGCCCACAGCUUCCUCCUCACAUGUUAAAGAAUAACUCUUAUGUCAAUGGCAACGGCUCCUCAAAGGAGUAUCACAGUGGCUCGAAGCCCAGCAGCAGUGACAUCGGCGGAGUGAACAAAGCCACUUCCAAUUUGUCUUACUCUUCCACUCCAUCCUCUGCUUCUCAUCAACCCGUCCACCCCAUGGGCAUCCCAGAGCCGCAGAAGAGGCCCAAGAUGAGCUUUACUGUCGGCUAUGGAAAGGUGGCGCGGUGCAACCGGGCCCCAUCAACCUCCAGCAGCUCUUCAUCGUCAGCCAGCUAUUCUUACCCACAGUCCUCAUCCUCUACCUCAAAAUUUCAGCGCUCCAAGCAGGUCAAUGGCACGUCCUCAUAUCGCAGUGCUACUUUCCUGGUUCCCUAUGACGAGGAAUCAUCUGAGGAGUCUGACCAGGAGAGCAGAGUCUUGGACAAUGGUACUGCUAAGGCUUAUGGCGUUGCCAAGGCAUCCAUUGGGAACGGUGGCAUGCACAGCCCCCUCUCUCAUAGCUCAAGCUCACUCUCGCCUGAGACAAAUGGAUCUAACAGCUUCUCAGAGUCUCACACGGGUGCAAAUGGGUCGGGACAUGGCCCCCUGAAUGGCCAUCACAAAGUCAAUGGCUUCAAACAUUCUGACAAGGCAUCAGACAGUCCAGCCUCUGAAUCUUCCAUAAGUGACACUAACAGUUUGGACUCCCAGAGUGUGUCAAGCUCCAAGUCAGAGGGCCUCCUCUCUCCAUCACCCUCCAUGGAAAGGGCUAAACCACUCACUGACCCACUCACUCAGCAAGUCUCACACCCAGCACCCACACCCAGCGCAGACACCCAGGCACUGGCUAAGGCAGGAGAAGUGGCGCCUAGCACGCAGGCAGCCUUAACAGAGGCAUCAAGUCAAGUGAAGGCCACAACAGAGUCCACUCUGAGCAAUCACAGUCUCACCCAACAGGCAAGUGAUGAACUUGCAUCACCAAACAGACCCAAGAUGGAAACAGAGACUGUCAAUGGCACAAAUGGCAAAGAAGACAUGAAAAUAUGUCAGACAGGCGAACCCAGCUCUUGGGAAGGAAAAAUACUGGCUGAGCACCAAGAGCAUGAUAGAGAUUUAAACCAGCCACAUGUUUCUACUGCCACAAAGGACAGAGAUAGAGACAAGGAGAGCAAUCAAAACUACAGAGACCUCAAGGACAGGAGCAGAGAACGUUAUGGACAUGGUCAUCGGCCAGAGAGAGAGUAUUAUCCACAUAAGGAGCGCUCCCGCAGUCGCCACAGAGAUAAAGAGGCAGCUCGGUAUUGGGACAGAUAUGCCUACCACCGCCGAGACCACCACUACAAAAGAGCCCGAGAGGAGUGGUCACGGGACUGGGAGCGGGAAAGGAGAUACCACACCUCGCACCGCUCUUCAAGCCACUAUUAUAGAGAGCUGGGCUGGCACCGUGCACGCGAUGACAGUCGUGAUAGGUGGCACUACAAUGGAGAGCAGAGCAGCAAUAGAGCAAAGCCUUCAUCUCCACGUUCCACAAGCUCCUCGCCCCGGCACGGGACCAGAAAACGCAGUUUGUCAGGCGAAGACAGCACGUCUGAGGAGCACAGGGCCAAGAAAUUCAAAAAAUCAAAGAAGAAAAAUAAAGAUAAGCACAGGAGUUCAGAAAGGGAUGUGUCUGACAAGAACCGGGACAGCAGCUCCUGCCGACACAAAAAGAAGAAAAAGAAGAAGAGGCGGUACGAGGCGGAGGACAGAGCUCACAGAGAAAGGCGGUCCACCUUCAGCUCAGACAAGCGUGACUGGAAAGGCAGGAAUGGCGAGGAGAGGAGGAGCCAUAGGCACCAGCGCAGCUCUGACCGAGAUGGUUCUCCUCACCAUACCAAGCAGUCAAGCACUGAGGACCAUCGCCAGCUCAAUGGUCACUCAGGUAAUGGCGUAAACCAUUACAAUGGAUAUGUCCAAGGAUUCUGUCAUAAAGAAAUGGACGCACAGGUCAAAUAUGGAGACCUGAACCAUACUUCCUCUAACAACAGUGGGAAGAUGUUCUUAUGUGGAGGAGAAACUGGAGAGACAGGCCCUGUGCCAUGCAGAUAGAACAGCGAGUUCUGGAGACCUGCCUCAGACCUAAGAUCUCUGAGGACAAGGGAAAAACUCUUCACUUUCUAAAUAUUGUAAAGGUGCUUUAUUCAAUAAAGACAUACUGUAUUUUUUUGCAACAAAAAUGCUUUAAAUUUUUUUAGGAUUAAGGAUUUUUUUUACCAUGCUGUACAGCUGAACUUUGAAGAAAAACUCACUGAAAAAUGUAAAAAAUAUUAAUAUAUACACUUAAACCGGAAGAAGAAGCCUGGAGCUUUAACAUCAAAAUUGCUGCUCAGACAUAGACUCAGGACUUUCUCACUUGUGAAGAUGACACAUUCUCCCUUUAAGGACGCAUACCUGGGAAUGACGAAAUAAGUGAACUAAAAUGCUGCAUAAAAGUGGAAAGACUGUCUCCCGGCUGCAAGCUAUGAUGUCACCAUUUUCACGUUUCUGUUUAAAAUCUCAAUGGAACAGAUUUUCUUUAGUGCUUUGUGUGCACUUACACCACAGUUAACCUGGACACACUUGACAUUUUCUGCCUACUUUCCCCAUUUUUGUAAUUUCUUUUAAACUCGAGACUGUCAAUCUCCAGGAUCCAUCUAAUGGCAUUAUACAGACUUUUCCAAUUUUCUUCACAUAGGAAUAUGUACAUUGCAUUAUAUCAUGUAUGACUGUGGAUUAUUUUGUGUGUAUGUUUUUAAUCUUUAUUUUCAUGUUAAAAUACUGUGAAUUUAAGUUAAACUGUACUAUCAGUUAUUUGUUUGCAAUCCUGUAUCAGGAGUUCAGUAUAAACACUUCUUUUAGAAAAACCACUCAGCAUAAUGUAGGCCAUGUUCUAAAAUAUUUCCCCCUUUUUUUGACAAAAAUAAGUGAAAAUGGUUAUAUUCAAAUCCUACAUUUUACUGUAGCAUGUCGAAAAAUUCUACGUUGUACAUUCUAUAUUAAUUGAGAGGGAAUAGGCCUUAAUGUCUACAAUUGUAAUAUUUUCUCAGUAUGUUUACAGAUUUUUGUUGGGAUGAAUGAAUAUGUAUGUGAUGAUGGGUUGAGUGUUUGGCUUUGUACAGGGUGAGGUCUAUUCUCACCUUUUGGAUAAAAAAAAAAAAACUAAAAAAAAAAAUUGUCUGUCUUUGCUGUGCAACAAUUAAUACAAUGCCAUUUUUCUAAAUUAUUCUCACAAUUUCCAUUUUAUUUAUCACUCACUGAAUUUGUGUUUUCACAGUAGACAUAUUCACAUUUUGUAUCGUUUCCUAUUUCCCCCACACUGAGCCUUCGCCCUCAAAAAAUGUGUAAGAACAACCUCAUGGACCUUCACCAGUUACCACUUAGGGAUUUUAAAAGACCAGUUUAAGAUUAUAAAAAAUACUCGUAAUUCACAUGGCCUAUUUUUAUUCCUUUUUCAGUCAGACCAGCAUACCCUUGUUUCAGCUCCAAGGCUUCACAAAAAGACC